AUGUCGUCUGGGACACGGAAUCAAUCCAUUGACGAGCCCUUCUCAGUUGGUCGUCCAGCGAAGGACUACGAAGGCACCGGCGAUCUGAAGCCCCUACAGGACGAGGACAAGCUGGGUAUUACAUUGGCGGCAGCGGUGCUUCCGACUUCCACUCCUCACUAUUGUGUCAACCCCCUUCGUAUUCCAAUCUCCCCUUGAAAUUAACAGCUUUUGACGAGAAAGAGGAUUUUUCAGCCUGGCUCCGCCGCUCGCAAUUUCAUGUUGGUGUAGUCCCCACCGACAAACAUAGCAUGGCAAUUUUACAGUGCCUGACUCCCAACCAGUUAGACAGGGCGUUGGAUGCCGGAUUGUCCGCCGAGACUCCGAUUAGCAACCUAUGUCAGGAGUUGGAGAAACUCCUUAAACCCACGAUGUCAAAAGCCGAGGCACUAAACCAAUUGUAUUCACGAUGACGGCGAAUUGGAGAAACCGCCAACGAGUUUGCGGACGAGUUAUACCGACUGUGCAAAUCGGCAUACCCCUCCAUCUCCCAAACGGAUUGCAGCGAUGCCGUACUGUAUCACUUUAUUAAGUAUAAAGAACAUCCAGAACUACGGCGUUCACUCCUCCUACAACCGCCCCGCGACUUAAAGGAAGCCAUUGACCGCGUCAACAUAUAUUCUACAAUUCCACAUAAUGAACUCUCCCCCCAACCAUCCUUCAGGAAUUCCCAAGCACAAAACUGGCGGCGAUAUGACACCGGUAACCAGAACCGAUCCGGCCCCUUCAACCGGCCACAAUAUCCCAAACGCGGCGGUUACAACCCAUCCUACAAUCGGCAGGUCUGUGCAUGUGAUAAUCCACAGACAAGUGCACACAACAGGCUCCCUGGAUCGGGUACGUAUUCGAUUCCACUUGUCACUCAGCUUCAUGCUACGAUACAACCAUUCUAUAUUGAUAUUUCCCUCAAUGAGGGCCGAAUUAGAGCGUUAAUCGAUACAGGGGCGACGAUAUCCCUAGUAAACUCACAGGUACUAUCAUACGCCCAAAAUGCGCAGAUGGACACAAGACCCCAACUCACACGUUUGACCACCGCCGACGGCUCUCGGUUAAACUGUGUCGGCAGAAUCUCGUUGAAACUUACAUUCCAGUCCGGAUUGAAAGAUCACACCUUUUUGGUAGUGCCAGGAUUAACCUGGGAUGUUUUGCUUGGGCUCGAUUUUCUCAGCCGAUAUGAUUGUACCAUUCGGGUCCGUCAGCGUACCAUCGAAUUUCACAAGCCACCAUGUACCACACAGUUCAUUCCGCCUACGUUCGACGAAGACGCAGUCUGUGCCGCCAUUCAAGCUAACGUUGCAUUACCAACUAUCCACAUUGACACUAUGUUGCCUGACACCACGAGUGUAACCACAUACGGUCGCGAGACGUUGAGAACCUUACUAAUAGACUUCGCCGAGGUCUUCGCGUGGGAUGAAGACUCCUUGGGUAGAACAGCAUAUCUGAGACAUUCGAUCGACACGGGCAGUGCCAAACCGGUCUGGCAACCACCUCGACGCAUACCGGCUCAUUUCCGUCAGGAAGUCAAUCAACUUGUUGAUUUCAUGCUUAAGAACCGAAUAAUACGGCCGACAAACUCACCCUGGGCAUCCCCCGUCACACUUGUACCAAAAAGACGGGAAACUACGUCUUUGUAUCGACUACCGCAGAUUAAAUGCGCUGACUACUCGAGACUCGUUUCCACUUCCGCAAAUAGACGUAACCCUUGACGCCCUGGCGGGCGCAAGAUGGUUUUCUACAUUAGACCUGAAAUCAGGGUACUGGCAGAUUGAAAUAGAACCUACAGACCGACACAAGACAGCAUUUACCCUUCCACAAGGACUGUUUGAAUUUGAGACGAUGCCAUUUGGCUUAUGCAAUGCACCAGCCACAUUUCAACGCCUAAUGCAAGUUGUGCUUGUCCAUCUCCUGCCAAACCAGUGUCUGGUAUAUCUAGACGACGUUAUCGUCUUUGGACGCACGAUAGCCCAACAUAAUCAAAACCUCACGGCCGUCCUAGUCGCGCUGCGCGAUGCGGGCUUACGCCUGAAUCCACAAAAAAGCACAUUUUUACGGGAUAAAGUUACAUAUUUGGGGCAUGAAAUUUCUGAGGAAGGCAUUCACGCUUCUCCGGAGAAAAUCAAUGCUGUUAAACUAUGGCCAACUCCUAAAUCCGUGACGGAACUCCGCAGUUUCCUUGGAUUAGCAUCAUAUUAUCGGAAGUUCAUCCUACACUUCGCAUCAAUAGCUCGACCCCUACAUCGUUUAACAGAAAAGGGACGUAAGUUUACUUGGACUGACGAAUGCCAAACUGCCUUCGACGAUCUCAAAGCUCAACUCAUCUCCGCACCCAUACUCACAUUGCCGAAUACUGAAGCAGACGCACCGCCGUUUAUCUUGGACACCGAUGCCAGUGGUUUUGCAAUGGGGGGCGUACUAUCACAGGCUGAUUCCACCGGGACCGAACGACCUAUAUGUUUCGCGAAUAAGAUGUUAUCCAAGCCGCAGCGUAACUACUGUACCUACCGCCGCGAACUUCUGGCCCUAAUAACGUUCGCUAGACAGUUUCGAGCAUUUUUAAUCGGCAAGCCUUUCAUUGUGCGAACUGAUCACAAAGCCCUACAGUGGCUACAGAAUACUAAGGACGCAGAAGGCCAGUUAGCAAGAUGGCAGGAAAAACUUCAACAAUUUACUUUCACUUUUCAGUACCGACCAGGAACUAAACACGCCAACGCUGAUGCCUUAACGCGUCGUACUGACCAGUCGACAUCAGAUGCAACCGAGGAACCAAUUGAUACAAUCAAUGCGGUGCACAUAAGUGAGCCCACACGGCAUCAUUGGGCCGUUGCACAAAGCACCGAUCCAGACACAGCAAUCGUAUAUAAUCAUCAACGCACGGGCAGACAUCGGCCCACUGACGAGGACCUUAGAGGAUCAUCAGAGGCCGCACAUUCCUUACGCAACCAGUGGUCCAAACUUUUCAUUGACAAUGACUUGCUCUUCUUUAAAGAUACCGUUACUUCUACACCACGUGUUGUCGUGCCGGGGAGUUUGGUGAUCCCUGUCUUAACCGACUUACAUCAUGAACUAGGUCAUGUGGGUCAGGCCAAACCUGAACAAGCAGUCAGACAGCGUUUCUGGUGGCCAAAACUACGCGAACAGGUGAUCACUUUUUGUAACUCAUGUCCUACCUGUGCAUCCUUUAAAGCCCCUCAGCAGCGCUUUCGCGCGCCCCUUCAGCCUAUGAUCACAGGUUUCCCUUUCCAGAGAGUUGGUGUCGACAUAAUUGGACCGCUGACCUACUCGACCUCGGGACAUCAAAACAUUCUAGUCAUGGUAGAUUAUUUUACCAAAUGGGCAGAAGCCACACCACUUCGCAGACAAGAUGCCCUGUCAGUAGCAACGGCUUUCUUUAACGACUGGAUCUGUCGCUUUGGUGCCCCCCUCUCCCUGCACUCAGAUUGUGGGGCCAAUUUUGAAAGUAAACUAGUACAAGACGUUUGUGAUCAGUUACACAUUCAUAAGACACGGACAACCCCAGCACAUCCGGAAGGCAACGGACAAGUUGAACGCACCAAUCGAACUCUUAUAAACCUUUUAAAAGCGUUCGCCGAACAUCACCGACCUUUCAACUGGGACGCCAGGUUACCUUACGCCUUGAUGGCUUAUCGUGCAGCAGUUCAUUCCUCCACGGGAUACUCGCCUUUUUUAUGGUUACUGGACGGAAUUUCCGACUCCCUAUUGAUUCUCACUUACCUAACGUGGAGUUAGAGUCUUUCACUACCGGCUCCUACUUACGAGAGCUUCAGGAACUACUGCGAAUUAAGAAUAAUUUGGCCCGCGAACACUUAGGUUCAGCCUACCAACGACAAAAAGAAAACUUCGAUGUGAAAAUUGCGGGUACCCCGUAUCAACCCGACGAUCUUGUCUUACGUUUCCGACCUGUGCCACCCGUCGGCGUAUCUGCAAAGUUUUUCCAUCCGCGGGAAGGCCCCUUCCGCGUUCUUCGCGUUACCUCACCCACCACAUACAUCAUACAAGACGCCGCCAUGCCCAAUAGUCCUUUCAUUACUGCGCAUUUUGACAAGUUAAAACCCUUCAGAGGCCGAUUACCCCUCGCAUCAGAAGAGAAUCUACCCAUUCUUCCCGAUCACCUAGUGCCAGAACCCUCCAAUGAAAUAACCAUACAGGACUCUUUACCAGCUAUCCUUCGGGACCCUGCGGACAGGGCCCCCUCCUAAAGGGGGGGGGGAAGUGUGGUAUGACAGAAUUGAACUGAUCCGUCCUUUUGUUGUUUUACGAACGUCCCUGUUUUUCUUCUAAGUUUCAGAAUCGACUGGCGAGAACCGGAUCCCAACCCCUGUAG